UAGGUGGUGCUUAGAAAUCCGUGGAGCGGCCCCUUUUGAGGAGUGGGUCUGGUUUGAAGCUGAACGGGAGGAGCCUGAGGGAAAAGGGGCGGAACUUUGUGUGGGGACCGAUAUCUUUGCAAAUUAGCUGGAGGUGUGGGGUUGGGGUGUCGAAGGGGCGAUCAACUUGGAAAGUGGGCCAACCCGUGACGCAAAUCCCUUAGUCCCGCCCACAACCUCGCCUCCCACUGCUCCGCUCCUCUGCUCCUAAUUGGCUCUAGUUUCUCCGCCCGCCAGACGUCUUCUCCACUCAGCACAAGUUUUACAAAGGUGUAUAUAGGAGGAACCGGGACACUAAAUGAACACAGCCCUGAUUGGGCACUUUUGAACCUUAUUUGCAUGGGCAAGCUGGAUUGGCUGACUUCUUGGGUGGCCAGGGCGGUGUUGGUUCCGCGCGUGACCACCCACAGCUAUGGCCGUGGCGCCCAAUUUCCGGAUGCCUACGGGAAGGAGCUCUUUGACAAGGCCAACAAGCACCAUUUUUUGCACAGCCUGGCCCUGUUAGGGGUGCCCUAUUGCAGAAAACCCCUCUGGGCAGGAUUACUGCUAGCUUCUGGAACUACCUUAUUCUGUACCAGCUUUUACUACCAGGCUCUGAGUGGAGACACUAGCAUCCAGACCGCGGGUCCUGUCGGGGGGAGCCUGCUGAUCUUGGGCUGGCUUGCCUUGGCUUUGUGAGGUCUCCUGUUUAGUUGUCCUGUCCUGGACUUUCUGUGUAACUGUGUGUGUUUGGGG